UCGCGAGACGUAUGGACGAGCUAGGAGGCUGGAUGAUUACUCGCGUAGCCCUCACUAUGAGGCCGAUCGGGGUAGAGGCGACUCCCGAGGCCGGUGGGAGACAGAUCAGGGCCGACGAGACAGAUACAGGGACAACAGAUAUGAGAGAUCGGACCGAGACGGAUAUAGGGACGACAGAUAUGAGAGGUCGGAUCGAGAUGGCUACAGGGGUGGCAGAUAUGAGAGAGGAGAUUGGGACUGGGAUCGACGAGAUGGCUCGCGCGGACGGUAUGACCGCGGGGGAGACGCGAGAGAACAACGCGACGAUUCGUGGGGGUGGUACAACCGAGGAGAUCGGCGCGAUGAGUCACGAGGGCGAUAUGACUCGGGAGACCGCCGGAAUGAUUCGCGAGGACGAUAUAAGCAAGGAGGAUCUGGAGGAGACCGCCGCAAUGAUUCGUGCGGCCGGAAUGGGAGAGGAGGAUAUGGCGUAUGAUCUGGGAGACGUAUCAAUGUUCCCCUCGAUGAAGGAGAAUGUAGAAGCAAGGAGAGUAAAGCCAAGUAAGGGAAAGGAGCCGGUUAGGAGCCAGAGCAUCAAGAUAACCUUCGAAGGAGAUAUGGCGACCACACCCAUAAGGGUGGCAGCUACCAAGUCGGCGAGAGGAUCUACAUCGAAGAAGGCUGACACGGAUUACGUGAUGGCGGAGAAGGACAGACAGCGGAUCGAUGGAGAGGAGGUUAUUCUUUCGCCGCGAAAGCGGGGAGUGAAAAAGAUCUUGAUGAAGAGUUCGCUGGAUGAGAUAGACACGGUCGAGCCACUGAGACGGGCCCUUCGGCAGCCCAUGCAGUGCUCUAUUCUGGAGUAUCUGGCGGCAUCGAAGCCGGCUCGCAAUGAGUUACAGAUGAUCACGUGGAAGACUCACAUACCUCUAUCAGAGGAGGCUCAGGGGCCCCUAAGACGGAGACUCCAACUGUAGCAGUAUCGGAGGUGACAACUAGAGCAGAUCAUAUGGUAACAGUCCUUCUUGAUGGGAUGGAAGGUGUACCUCCUGAUAAGUUUUACAUACU